CUGAAUGGCUUAUCAAAUAGAAAUAGAAAAAAAUGUGCAAUUUUAGUAACUUUUUAAAAUAAAGCAUGGCAGAUUAUACAUUUAUAUUCGUUUAGUAGUAAAAGGCCAAAGGGUCCGACCGAUUGUGUUUUUCUUCAUUUGUCGUUCAUUCUUGUAUUCGCUGUUGUGAAUAGCUUUGAUAUCCUGAUAAUCCUUUGCAGUUGUUUCACUAUUCACUAAAUUGGUCACUCCUAAUUAGAAGGCUCAUUAGUGCUUCAGUGAUACACUGCAACCUAGUUCCAUCGAAACUUAAUAAAAAUAUUUAUGGAACAGUAAAGAAAAGUGGCUUCUUUUCCCUCUUGGUUUGAUUGUAUCAACUUUUUGUUUUGUAGUGCGAUAUUGAUUCAUUCCUGAUACACCGAAUCCCAUAUGAAUGCUAAUCAAACUUAGCCAAAAUUUUUUCUAGGUUUAUUUUAUCAUAUGUCAUUAUGGAAUCUUACAAGCUUGGUAUAGAUAUAUCACGCCAUAACGGAGACAUAGAUUGGGUACAACUCACCCCUGAUAAGAGUGGUAUCAGUUUUAUCAUACAUAAAGCUACAGAGGGUAGUACUUAUCAGGAUCCUAAGUUCGUUCAAAAUUGGCAGGCUGCGUCCGCAGCAGGAUUUCAGUGUGGAGGCUACCAUUUUUUAAGGUUUGGUACUAGUGAACCUGAAGCACAGAUGGAGAACUUCUUGGCUCAACUAAAUAAAGUUGGUGAAAUAACGACCAACAAUAUUAUAGCAUUAGAUGUAGAGAAGGAAGAGGGUACCGCUGACAUAGUGACUAAUACAUUACAAAAUUGUGUUCAUUACCUUAAAAACAGAAACAUCACACCAUACAUAUACACGACUCAAAGCUUCUGGAAUAAAUAUGUGCCUAAUACUCCUGAAAUAAUCAAGGCAUGUCCUCUGUGGAUUGCUAGGUGGAGGGAUAAAGAGCCUUCACCAAGUGAACUACCAUCUGGUUGGAAAGAAUGGAAAAUAUGGCAGUAUUCCAGCACAGGACGUUGCGUAGGUAUUAAAGGAGAUGUAGACUUGAAUCGCAUGAUCAUAAAUGAUUAGGAAUUUUCACUGCGAUAAUUUGAAAUACCGUAGGCAAAGCUAAACUAUAGAUAAAAAUCAUAUUUUAUGCCAUGCAUUUUUCUAUUUUAUGUGUUGUGAGUAAUAAA